GCUGCAGGUCGGAUCAGUUUCAGUCUGACGAUCACUGAAGCUUGUUUCAUCACAGCAGCACAAACAGGGUUUCAACAUGAUGGCUGCCAACUGUCUGCCGAGUGAGGACCAGCUGCUGUGCAGCAUCUGCCUGGAGGUGUUCACAGAUCCAGUCACAUUACCAUGUGGACACAACUUCUGCAAAAGCUGCAUCACGCAGCACUUGAGUUCUAAUUCGCAGCACCGGUGUCCCAUGUGUAAAGAGCAAGUUAAUAGAAAAUGUAAGCUGAAGGUGAAUACCUUCAUAUCUGAGAUGGCUGCUCAGUUCAGACAGUCAGCUGAAAGGAAAGCAGGGAACAGCUCAGAGCAACAAGUUGAGACACCUGCAGAAGCUUCCUCUGACGUUCCUACUGGAACCAAACGCACUAGGCUGAAGUCCUGCCUGUGGUUAGGCCUGGCAUGUCUGACCGUCGGCUUAGCAAUUAACUACCAGCUUCAUCAAACACAAUCCAGCCUGAAAAUCCAUCAGCUGUUUGGCGCUGAUACAAGUCACAAAUUUCACCAUGUUGUUCCUCUGAAAGAAGAAUACGAAGUGAAAAAGACAGAGCUUUUGAAAACAGAGGCUGCAAUUCUGGAUAAGAUCGUGGAGAGGAAACUGAAGCUUCAGGAGAUCAGACAAUGGGUGAAGCUCAGCAAGGAAGCUACAGACAGAGAGAGGGAUGAUGUUGUUCAGGUCUCCAACACUUUGAUCCAGUCUUUGGAAAGAGCUCAGGCCGAGCUCAUCGGGAUGACUGAAGCCAAGCAGAAAACCACAAAUAAACAGGCCAAAGAUUUCAUCCAAGGGCUGGAGCAGGAAAUCUCUGAGCUGAUCAGGAGACGCGAUGAGGUGGAGCAGCUCUCACGCUCAGAGGACCACCUCCACUUCCUCCAGAGCUUCCCAUCUGUGACUGCAGCUCCACUCGCCAACAAGUUGCCAGAGUUCAGUGUCUGUCCAGUAUCGUAUGGACGAAUCUUGAGGACAACUCUGAUGACUGCGGUGGAUCAGCUGACGAAGUCAGCCAGAAAUAAUAUGGAGAAGCUGGAUGAAGCUGAUCUGAAGAGCAUUCAGCAGAUGGCAGUAGAUGUGACUCUGGAUCCUGACACCGCACAUCCUACUCUGAUUCUGUCUGAUGAUGGGAAACAAGUUCACUACGGUGGUGAGACCGAGGAUGAAUUGCAAGACAACUUUGUCCUGGGAAAGCAGGCUUUCUCUUGUGAAAGAUUUUCCUACGAUGUUCAAGUUAAAGGGAAGACGGCAUGGGUUUUAGGAGUGGUCAAAGAGUCUGCCAGGAAUGAAGAACUUUACCUAAACUCUGAGAACAACUACUGGAUUAUACUUCAGUUUCAUAAAGACUUCUUUGCACUCCCUGGCGAGGAGGUUCCUCUCUCUGUCAGUGAUCCGCCUGAGAAGGUCAGAGUGUUUGUGGAUUAUGAGGAGGGUCUGGUCUCCUUUUAUAAUGCAGAUUCUGGAGCUCUUCUCUACUCCUUCACCGGCUGCUCCUUCACCGAGAAACUCUACCCACUCUUCAGUCCUGGUGUUAGUGACUCCGCCCCUCUGAUUAUCUCCCCGGUCAACCAGUAA